AAAAAACUUACAAAAAAAAAAAUGACUGAAUUAUUAAAAAUAAAUCUCAUAUAAUAUGGUAAGCUAUGUAAUGGACUUCCGAAUAAAGCUGAAGAAAGGAAGAGAAAAGAAAUUGAGAGGAAAAAAAAGAAGUGACCGUAUUCUUUGUGGAUUGUAGCCGCCGGGAGAAAAAUCUUUCUUCUUUCCUUCCCUUUAAGCACGAAUUUGCUCCGAUACUAGUGUGCUUUCAGAGAUGGCUAACGCGGCAUCAGGAAUGGCUGUGCAUGAUGACUGCAAGCUAAGGUUUCUGGAACUGAAGGCAAAAAGGACUCACCGUUUCAUAGUUUACAAGAUCGAGGAGAAGCAAAAGCAAGUGGUUGUAGAGAAAGUCGGCGAGCCAGUGCAAACCUAUGAGGAGUUUGCGGCGAGCCUUCCUGCUGAUGAAUGCCGUUACGCCAUUUACGAUUUCGACUUUGUCACAGCUGAGAACUGCCAGAAGAGCAAGAUCUUCUUCAUCGCGUGGUGCCCUGACAUAGCUAAGGUGAGAAGCAAGAUGAUUUACGCGAGCUCAAAGGACAGGUUCAAGAGGGAACUCGACGGGAUUCAAGUAGAGCUUCAAGCAACCGAUCCAACAGAGAUGGAUCUUGAUGUUUUCAGAAGCCGUGCCAACUAAAAAGUAAACACCAAAAAGUUUAUCCCCUUGAAUGAUCUAUUCUAUUGUUUCGGAGUGAUGUUACUUUCUUUUAUAUUUUUACAUUAUGGCUGUGAAGGGUAUGAACCUAAUUACAACUUUAUUUUUAUCGGUGUUUGGUGUCUUGUGUUGGAUGUUGUCUUUGGUGUUCCAUCUUCAUGUAGAUUUCACUAUUUUGGGUUUUCUGAGUGUAAAGACUCAAAUCUUCUAUUCAAGAUGAAACCCUUUUGGUAUCAUUUAAUGUUGCUUUCACAAAUGUAUGAAACAGCAGCUUUAGUCUAUAGAUGUGUGCACGAGAUGUUACAUUCAUGCCAUUAAAGGUCGAUCCGACCCGUUUUGAGUCUUGAAAGUUGAUAUGCUCCCACCACUAAUCUAGUCUGGUCCUGAUUUGAUUUUAAGUUUUAGGUAUAGGGUUCAAAUCUGAUGUUGUUUGUUGUGGUUUAAUCUAGGCCUACGCACGGAGCGGAUAUCUGGAAUUGGAAUUUUAGUGAUAUCUGUGAUCCAAUCCGCCCCGUACGGAUCAACAAUUUUUUGAUCUGUAUUUGCUCCGUUACUAAUCGGAUAUUCGGUAUUCAGAUAUCUGUUAAAAUCCAGAUUUUUAAUCGGAUAUCCG